UACAAUUCUGUGAGUGUGUCCCAGGGAGAAAUUUCUGUACAAUACAUACACGUCUCUUCGAAUCCUGAUGAUCAGGUUGCCACGGUGGUAUUGGUUCACACUAAUCAAAGCUCAUCCCUUCUCGCUCAACUAUUUAUUUAUUCGCCCCUUCACUCUUCCCGCUAUCUCUCUGUCUCUCUCUCUCUCUCUGUUCGAUUCUCGAGAAAGUUUGUUGACUCAUGGGGUCCAAGAAUAUUGAUUUUCCGGCAAAUUUGGAGUACCAGUCCGGCUUCGGAAACCACUUCUCGUCGGAGGCGAUUACCGGAGCUCUACCUGAGAGCCAGAACAGCCCUCUCGUCUGCCCUUACGGCCUCUACGCCGAGCAGAUCUCCGGCACUGCUUUCACUGCCCCUCGCAAACUCAACCAGCGAAGUUGGCUAUAUCGUGUCAAACCAUCAGUUACACACGACCCAUUUAAACCUCGAGUACCAAGUCAUGAGAAGCUUGUCAGUGAAUUUAACCAGUCCAACAGCUCUGCCAACCCAACUCAAUUACGUUGGAAGCCUGUAGAAAUUCCUGAUACACCAACUGAUUUUAUUGAUGGUUUAUAUACAGUGUGUGGGGCUGGCAGCUCAUACCUUCGGCAUGGUUUUGCCAUUCACAUGUACACUGCCAACAAAUCAAUGGACAAUUGUGCCUUCUGCAAUGCUGAUGGUGACUUUUUGAUUGUUCCUCAAAAAGGAAGAUUGUGGAUCACAACUGAAUGUGGAAGAUUGCAAGUGUCUCCUGGUGAGAUUGUUGUUUUACCUCAAGGAUUUCGUUUCGUUGUUGACCUGCCAGAUGGCCCAUCACGUGGUUAUGUUGCUGAGAUUUUCGGUACCCAUUUUCAACUUCCUGAUCUUGGGCCAAUAGGUGCUAAUGGUCUCGCUGCUUCACGGGAUUUCCUUGUUCCCACAGCCUGGUUUGAAGAUAGCCCCCGUCCGGGAUAUACCAUUGUACAGAAGUUUGGUGGUGAACUUUUCACUGCAAAACAGGAUUUCUCACCAUUCAAUGUGGUAGCCUGGCAUGGUAAUUAUGCCCCAUUUAAGUAUGAGUUAAGUAAGUUCUGCCCGUAUAAUACUGUUCUGUUCGAUCAUAGUGAUCCAUCAAUAAAUACAGUGCUGACAGCACCAACAGAUAAACCUGGUGUGGCAUUGCUUGAUUUUGUCGUUUUCCCUCCCCGGUGGUUGGUUGCUGAGCAUACUUUCCGGCCUCCAUAUUACCAUCGCAAUUGUAUGAGUGAAUUUAUGGGUUUGAUUCAUGGAGGAUAUGAGGCAAAAGCAGAUGGGUUUCUCCCAGGUGGUGCAAGCCUUCAUAGCUGCAUGACUCCCCAUGGUCCCGAUACAAAGACUUAUGAGGCGACAAUUGCACUUGGAAAUGAAGCAGGGCCACAGAGAAUAGCUGAUACCAUGGCUUUCAUGUUUGAGUCUUGUCUAAUACCCCGAAUCUGCCCAUGGGCUCUCGAGUCUCCCUCCAUCGAUCCUGAUUAUUACCAGUGCUGGAUUGGACUUAAGUCCCAUUUCACGUGUGAACUGACGAAUAGAGAAUUACAGAAUGGAUACAAUCAGGCCAAUUGAGGCCAUUGGUUGAUGAUUUCUGCUUCAGAUAUGGAAUCUGUGCAUGACCGCUUCUAUAAUAAGACGUCCAACGAGUACGACACAUGAUAUCAUUGAUGUGUAAAUAUAAAAAAUGAGUGUCAUAUAUAGGAAUG